UGUGAAAUUGUCAUUUUCCUUGUUUGACAGUUUUCUUUGACAGUUUGAAUUCUAAAAAAAGUUACCGGAUUUCAAACGGUUUUCGAAGCGGUUAGUGUGUAUUUGUAUUGGAGUCUGGUGCUUUUUGGCAACAUUCCCUCGGGUGCCGAGAGCGCGUUACAUAAAUUGAACGGCGCUCAUCGUGCACCACAAAAAGGUUAAAAAUAGACGUUUUCAGGGAGUUGCGUGUUCGGAACAUCAGACAUUUUUGUUUAUAAAGAAUGACAUGCAUAAGGCGUCAUGAAUUGUGAAUAGAUUGAUGCGAAAAGAAGUUAAAUCAGUGAAGUGGCCGUGUAACCAAGAUUAAAACUCGAAAGUGUUUCCAGAUACUGCAGUGCAUUGUGUCGAUCAACUCAAACCAACGAAAUGGCUCAUAACGUGGAGCCAAUGGACAUAGACAUUGAUAGUGAUUUUGACAAUAAGGAAAACAGUAUUCAGCACAGCAAUGUGUAUCCAAGAACUCCUUGUACUGAAAAAGGGUAUGAAGAACUAGAUGUUUCAGAGUUGAAUAUGAAACUAAGGUAUUCUGUCACUCCAGUGUCUUCUCCAAUGUCAAAAAGUUAUACAGCUAAUUGUGUGGAUAAUAAUAAUUUGUCAUUAAAUGAUGACGCUUUCAAUCCAAAUUUAACUCGCUCUUAUAAUUCUUCCCUAUCAAAAACUGAUCUUGUUAGUAAAUCAUUCAAGACCUUGCCACUACAGUCUAUUCCUGCUGACCAGACAGAAAACAGUCGUACAUCACUCUUAAGAUCUUUAGAUCCCAUUAAUUUGGCCAAUGUGGAUAAUGUUACUGUCACAGUUACAUCAGUAAAUGAAAAUGAAGACAAUUUUGAAACUCCUAGUUCAACAUCAUCUAUGGCUGUUACACCUGAUGAGACUACACCUACAAAAGAAGUGCCAAGGGCUGAUGGAGGGUCUCCAAUCAUGAGAGGUCUAAAAAGUGUCUUAAAUAUGUUUCGGUCAUCCCAGAGCCCAAUACCUCCAUCUGAAACUGAAAAUUGUGUACCAAAUCAAAUAUUGAGCCCUGCUGAUGUCACUCCUCAUGAUUCCAGUUUGCAACCUACUCAAGCUGUUUUAGCUUCGACACCAAUAGCGUCACAUAAAAUUAAAGAAAGCCCUCGAAGAAGCAGCCCGCUUAAAGAAAGUAUAAUAUUCAAUGAUGGUCUAGAGAAGGAACUGCUCUGGAAGGAUGAGACAACUAUUCUUUUUAGUCACGAAAAAAUUCCAAUUCACAAAUUAUUUUAUCCACAACCUUUAAAUAGUGUUACAGAAUCUGGCAAUCCCACAAAUUCAGAACAAGUUACUGAAGAUAAUUUAAAUGAUACUGUAGAAUAUAUGGAUAUAUCAACUAAUAAUUCUAUUGUGAAAGAUCAUACUUUGACAGACAUUCAAAAUGUGGAACAACAAAUUGUAGGUGAGUCUGAUGGAGAAUUUGUAGACUGUGAAACAACUUUCACUAAUGAUAAAAGUGGGAUACUUAAUGAUAAUGUUAGUGAAACUGAAUGCAAUUCAGCAAUUCAUAGUACUCUUUCAAUCCAUAAUGACCAAACCCAUACUAUUCAAUCAUUGCAACAAAAUCAAUCGGCUUCAGCAAGCAAUAUAGAAAAUAUUCUCUCAGCAACCUAUCAAAAAAUAGAUGGUUUUGAUUCAUCACAACCUACAACUACAUUGGAUGGAUAUACUUUAAAAACGGAAUCACCACAACAAAUAAUUACUAAUAAAAAUGAAACACACAAUAGUAUCACAAUAACUGAUGAAUCGCCACACAUUUUAAGGGAUGAAACAAUAUGUGUCUCGAGUUCCUCAUCACAACAUAAAGAUAAUAUACAAGAUAUAGGUAAUUUAAGCCAAGUGGAUAUAAACAAAGAUAUAUUGCUCUCACAGGAAAAAACUGAGAUAGCUGAAAUGAAAUCAGUAUGUGGAAACACUACCAUUAUUUGUGAAGAACCAAUAACAGAAAGUGUAGCUAUUUCUCCACCAUCAAAUGUCACUUCUAUAAAAGAAGAUGAAAUAUUCAACUCUAUAAGUACAGUUAUGGAACCAAAAGAAAUAGAUCAACAGAGUCAUGAAAGUCAAAAUUUAAAUGCGACUUUAGAAACUUCGUGUUCAGAUGCACAAACUGCUGUUAGAAAUAAAGAUAUUUCAUUAAAUCAAACAACCAACUUAGAAAUGUUCAGUGAUAUUGAUUCUUCUAAUAAAAACCAGUCUAAUAUCAAUGAAUUUUAUCAAGUAUCAAAUGACCCUUCAUUAUUUGUAUCAGAACAUAAUCAAGAAAGUAGCUUUGCGGCUGAUAUUCCUUUACCUGAAGAAGAUAAUUUUGAAUUAGAAAUACAAUCCAAUGCAGAUAAUUUAACAUUUGCUAUGAAUAAUGAAAUAAAUUAUCCUGAAUUAGAAAGCACACCACAUGUUGAUACUAUGCCAAGUAAUUCAAUGGCUUUAGCCAAACAAGAUGAAAAUAAAGUAAUUUGUAGUGACAUUGAAGGGAAUUUGGCAUCUUUAAUUAAUGUGCAAGUAAAAGAAAGUGACAUAAAGAAUACAUUUAUUUCAACUGAUGUAAGUGUCGAUAGCAGUAACACCAAUACUAAAAUUACUGAAACAUUACAUGAUUUUUCUUUAGACUUCAAAACUGAUAGUGAAAAUGACUUAAGAGACACUGAACAAAUAGUUAAAAACCAACUGAAUAAAUAUGCUGUAGAUUCUAAGUUUGGAGACCUUAAAUUAGAUAAUAGCUUACAGCACAAUGCACAGUCUGAAUCAAAGGCUCUUGAAGUGGAACAUAUUAAUGAAUCAUUAGAAGCCCAUAAUCUAAAUAACACAAAGCUAUUUGAACAAGAUAAACCAUUAAAAUCUGAGAUACCAAUUGAAGAAAAUUCUGAGAGAAUCAUUGAAGACAAGGUUUUUCCAAAAGACCAAGAAAAACUAAUCGUUCCUACUAACGCCAUUCCUGAUAAUGUGACACCUGCAAAUACAUCUAUUAUAAUUGCAUCUGAUAAAACUGAGUCGAAAUCAAGUGAAGUUAUAAAAAAUAAGGAAACAAUUUUUUGUGUAAGUGAUCACUGUGAGGAAAUAAAUUGUAUGCCAAAAACAGAAAUGUUACCUGAUGUAAUUUCUGAUAUCGUAUCCAAUGAUUCAGAUGAAAGACUUGUCCAAAACAAUAAAGAUACAGCAGAAAAAAAUUAUGGUGACUGCAUUAAUGAAUCAAUAUCUGAAAUAGCAAACAAUGAGACAAUGUUUCAAAAUAAAGAAGCAAGAGAGAAUAACAUAGAUGAAGAACUUGUUUUGUCUGAAGACAAUAGUCCUUUUGUAUCGAUUGUUGGUGAAGUUAACUAUGUUGUAGAACAGUCUAUAAAUUUUGAAGAAAAUGAGGAUUUAUGUGAUACUAAAAUAGAUGUCGCUACGUCUCCGCCAGUUUCACCGAAAAUCUGUUCAAAAGGAUAUAAUUUUAAUUUUGAUGAAAUGGAUGAUCCAUUUGCUACGAAGACAAAGAUCAGAUUAUCACCGCCACCAAAUUCUCCUAAUGAUAAUGUCAAAGAGAAAAUUGACAAACCUAUUCCCAAAAAUUCUAUUACUAAAAACAAGCAGAACGAAAAGAAACAAAAUUCUCAAUAUAAUAGAACAAUUACAGACUUAGUUGGAACUACAAAGAUAGCUGAAAAAGAGAAUGAGAAAAAUUGUGACACAAUUACACAAUUAGUAGCUUCAUCAGACACCCAGAGUAACCUUUUCUGUGAAUUAAAUAAUGAAGAUAUACUGAUUAAGUCUGAAAAAGUAACUGAUCUGAGUAUUGAACAAAAUUCAAUUUGUAAAUCUGAAAUCCUUAUAGAUAACGAAAACAAAAGUCAAAAUAAUUGUAAUGCGUUAUUAAAUGUAGAGUAUAAUAAAGAUAAUGAGGUGUUGACAGUUGAAGAAAACAAAGUACAGGUGGAUUCUCUUUCUAGCUCUAACGAUAUUAAGCAAACGUCAUCAUCCGAACAGUCUACUUAUUAUUCUGCCGAAACAUCGGGAGACAAUAAUAAAAACAAGAACGUUUUCAAUAUUCCUGAAAUUGACGCCACAAGUCCAUUUUUAACUAAAUCUAAGAUCUGUGAAUCACCUCCAUCUAGUAAGAGUGAGAGCUUUAGUUCUAUCUGUAAUAACCCAUCUCAAGAUUGUAAUGUAACUAAUAAAACACCAGAAGCAUUAGAUAAAGAUUCUAGUAACAUCAGUAACACAUCAUGUUCUUCUAAAACAACAGAGGAAAAAGAUAUCACAGUUAGAGAAAUUCACACAGAGGAUGAAGAUACAAUCGAAGGACCAUUUUUCGAAGAUGAUGAUUUAAAUAAUGUUGACAAGAUAUCUGACUUUGAUGGUGAAGACAUGGAUAUGAUGCAAUUUUCGGAACUGCCGGCAAAAACUUAUCAGGAACAACCAGAAGGUGAAGAAAUGUUUAUUGAUGCGGAGGCAUUUGAAUUCUUAUUAAACCAAAAUAAAACGAAUAUAGUGACAGACAGUGGCAAAGAAAGUCUAUUUCUCAAAUUCGACCCUCUAUUUGCUAAAAGGCUUUCAACAGAUGGCGUUCUUGCUGCUUUAAAUAACGUGCAAAAGAAACAGAGUACACCUAGAAAAGUAUCAGUUGCUCAACAACUAGAUAUUACAUUUGAAAAACCAGUUGCUGGUCCAUCUACCUUAAAUGUAACUCAAAAACCAAAUAUAAAUGAUUCUGCUGGAGAUAACAUAGAAGACUUGAAUGUAACUGUAUCGAAACCUAUGAUGGUUGUUACUCCAGCUGUCAAUCCUGUAGUUACACCCAGAAAUAAGUCUUUGACUCCUACAAGCUCGAACAGACGCUCUAUUACAUUCUCUUCUCCCGCCAUCGCUGUUAUUGAUAGACUUCUGUCCCUAAGUGGUAACAACUCAUUCCUUGGCCAUGAUAGUACAGUAAUACAAGGAAAUAGAGAGCAAAAUGAAGCCGAACACGCUCUAAGUCAACUUCGAGAACUACUCGCAGAAAAAGAAAUACAUGUGUUUAAUUUAAGAUCUGAAAGCAAAGAAUUGAAAAACAGGUUGUCAACAUUGGAAUCUCAAAUGCGAACUUUAGAGUCUGAAAGUGAAGUACGGCUAAAGAAGAUUAAUGACUUAAAUGAAAAACUUUCCGAAAAAUGUAAACUCAAUAAAAGUAUGGCGGCAGUUGUUGAGGAAUAUGAGAGAACGAUUGCUAGCUUGAUAGCCGAAAGCGAGCAGGACAAAAAACGGCACAACGAAGAAAGAUCAAAGUUAAUAAAAGAGAGAGAUGAACAAACUGCUCACUUAGCUAGUAUGGAAGUGUCUUUUAGCGAUUUACACAGUAAAUACGAAAAAAGCAAACAAGUUAUCCUAAGUUGUAAAGCUAAUGAAGAUGCUUAUAAAAAGUCUAUUAAAGACUUUGAAGAAAACCUGUCUAAAAUGCAAUCAAACUAUGAACUUUUGAAACAACAUGCUACUUCAAAAUUGAACCACGCAAACCAAGAAUUGGAAAAGAUGAAUCGGGCGCACGAAUCCGAAGUGUUGAAGCUAAACGCCAUGAUCAAAAGGAAAGAAUUGCAUAUUACGUCGCUUGAGGAGACCCUUGCUCAGAAAACUAAAGCCAACGAAGAGCUGACGGCGAUAUGCGAUGAGCUCAUAAACAAAUCACCGGAUAGGCUUAAUACAAUACCUGAAAAGACUAUGCAAGAUAAACUAGAGAUGCCAAGACAAGUUUCCAAAGAAAAAGAGAGAGAAAGCAAUGGAAGACCAAGAAUGGUCGCUAAAGAUACGGAUACCUCAAAUUCAGAAUCGGAUAGCGGUGAUGUGGAAGGUGAGAAGGCGGACAUUUUGUCGGGCAGCGGGCGCAAGCGCGGCGGCGGCGUGGUCAUCCCUGCAGAGGGGGCCUACGACCCCAAGCAGUUCCAGGACUUGAAGGUGCCCCCUGACAUGGAGAACAUAUUCCAGUACAUCAUGAAAUACACCCCUCAGAAGAUAGACAUAGAGUUCAAGUUGCAGCCGUUCGUGCCGGAGUACGUACCGGCGGUGGGGGAUAUAGACGCUUUCAUCAAGGUGGCCACGCCUGCUUGCAACGUGCGCGGUCUGCCUCUCUCCGAACCAGUGCUUGAACAUAUUGACAACUUGGGGUUGUGCGUGCUGGACGAGCCUUCGGCGGAGCAGAGCGACAGCGCGCUCCUGCAUCUGCAACUGCGAGCCAUAUCCAAGACCAAUAGCUCCAGGACUACACUCCUCACCAAGAAGGUAGAAAACGCAGAGAAGAACUCUAAAGCGAUCGAGCGUUGGAUAAAGGACGUCAGCGAACUGCAUCUCUCGAAACCACCGCCAACUGUCAUGUACACCAGUAAAAUGCCAGACAUAGACAAUCUAAUGGAGGAGUGGCCGGAGACAAUGGAGGAGACGCUCAACGAGGUCGGUUUCCCGCCGGCCAGUUUGGAUUGUUCUUUAUCGCAAUAUGUCGAGUUGGUUUGCGCUGUGUUCGACGUGCCAAUAAUAGGGGAUGGUUUAGCGGCAAGGAUACAAGCUUUGCAUCUUCUAUUCAGCUUAUAUUCGGCCGUGAAGAAUUCUCAGUUGUACGCGGAAAGGCAGAAGGAGAAAGAAGAUGUGGCGUGAUAUGGAAGUUUAAUCCUGUUAAGUGUAUUUUGGCUAAUAAAAUUCAGUUAC